CGGUUUCAUUGCGUUUGGGCCGAAAGCAAUGAGAAGCUUUUUUUUUUUUUCCAGAGGUGGGAUUGCGUCUGCCUGCAAAGCACAUUUAGGAACCACAAGCAAUUAGCCUUCCACACCGGGAAGGGAUUCUGAGAGGCAGCUCAGAGCGGCGAAGGCCCUUUAUGCAGGAUGCUGAUAAGCAGAGCAUUGAGGCUCUGAGUGUGUGGUUCACUCACCCCUCCAGGCAUCAGGAAAGGGAACUUUAACCUUCAGAUCCUGACAUCAGCAAAGCAACUUUCAGAAGUUUUAGCCCUGUGGAGCAUUCUGCAAGUGCAGGAAUAGGCACUGCUUUGGAGUGCUGGGGGUUUGAACGGUGAGCUACCCCCAUCUGCUCACCUGAACGAAGGGAGGAGGGGGGAGGUGGUCAGGCCUGCGGCCCAGCACUGGAGAAAAUCAGGCUCUCAUGUCUCGUCACCAUGGAGUUGCUGCAGGAGCCAGUAAUUGCAGUCUUGUUCGCGUUUGUAAUUCGAACUGAAAAUGUGGUGAGGGCAUCCACCUGCGCUGAGAUACAGGUCCAGGCUGCGGUGGUGCACCUGGGAUCGUCCCUCCAUGCCUCCUGCCUGCUCAGUGAUGACUGCACCCUGACCAAGGGGCGGGCCGUCCAGGUGCAGUGGCACCUCAACAGCCAGCUCCUGGAGGGACACAUCCCAGCCAAUCAGAGCAGCCGAAUCUCCAGCGUGUUUAUCCCCAGAUUCGCGGACACCAGGGGCUACCUGACGUGCUGCGUCCGCCAGGACUCUGACUGCCAGAUUGUGAAGGGGCUGGAGAUCAGAGGAGGAUACCCUCCCUCUGCGCCACAGAACCUCACCUGCCUCACAAACCUCACCAAGUCUGUCACCCUGUCCUGCAAGUGGGACCCUGGGAGCGAGACGCACCUUCCAACAAACUACACUCUCCACACAGAGAGAAGGGAUUACCAAACCGAGCUGAAAGCCUACCCACUGGCGGCCGGCGUGCACAGUCACACGAUCCCCCGAGCGGACCUCUCGCUGUACAGACCCAUGCGGAUAUGGGUGACGGCGCAGAACGCUCUGGGUAGCACCUCAUCAGAACCCCUCAUCCUGGACCCCAUGGAGACCGCUAAAUUUGACCCCCCCGUGAUCGUGCGGGUGUGGGCGGAGCCCCACAGGUACGGCUGCUUGAAGCUGCCCUGGAGGCUGUCCCGUCAGCAGGCCUGGGUGACACAGGCCCUCACCGUGGAGAUACGCUUCAGGGUGCAGGACAGCGAAGUGUGGGCUUCCGAAACGAAGGCCAUACCCAGAGGCGACCUGCAGAGGGAGCUGGAGGUGUGCGGUCUGAGUCACGGGACAGGGUAUCAGCUGCAGAUGAGGGUGCGGUACGGGCUGGGCCCCUGGAGUGAGUGGGGCCACAGCCAGGCAGGAAGCACCCUCGAGAGAGCUCCCACUGGCAGACUGAAUGUGUGGUUAAAAGUGCUGGAUGAACAUUUGCCAGCCCAUGACUCAGUGCAGCUCUCCUGGAAGCCGUCAGGCCAGUUCCGAGCCAAUGGCAAGAAUGUGUCAUACCACGUGUUCAUGCAAAGGUACCCUGGCAAAGCAGGGUUGGAGAACGUGUGCACCACAUUGGAGGACCACUGCGUUUUCCUGCUCCCGAAAAACACCAGGAAGGUGUACAUUAUGGCCAAAAACUCCGCUGGGGAGUCCAGCCCCAUCCCAGUGCCAGUCUACCAGCACCGAGGCCUACCCCCUGUCGCGGACCUGAGGGUGUCCCCUGUGGGGGACAGGAGCCUGCUGGUCCUUUGGCAGAGCCCGGGUUCGCCUGCUGUCACUGGCUACGUGGUGGAGUGGGGGCCCAGCUGGGAGACUGACCCUCGCUUCACUGCCUUCCAUUUGGUGGGCAGAAAUGAAUCCAGCUUCCUGAUUUCUGCCGGCAUUGAGCCGUACAGGCCCUACCGAAUCUCAGUGCUUCCCAGGUAUAAGGAGGGCAUUGGCUUUCCUCGCACAGUGGAGGGCUACUCCCGACAGAAAGCUCCAUCUGUGGCUCCCAACCUGAGGGUGGGGGAGAUCCACCACACCUACGUGGAGCUCACCUGGGACGACACCCCUCUGGAGCAGAGAAACGGGAUCAUCCAGGGCUACACCAUCUUCUACUGGGACGAGAGGGGCAGAACGGAAGCUGUGACAGCCAGGCCGGCAGAGAGGCGCGUGAUGCUGAGGGAUCUGCGAGCGUUAUCCAUGUACAAGGCUUUCAUCGUGGCAAGCACUGAGGGCGGCAGCGUGAACGGGACCAUCGUCACCCUAAAAACAGCGUCUGUAGAUGCCUGGGCUGUGGUGAUCACGGUGAUGCCGGUCUGCGUUGGAUUUGUGCUGAUUAUUGUCGUCACCAUAUUCGCCUGCUUUACAAAGCAGGAAAGGCUAAGGAAGCACUUCUGGCCCAUCAUCCCUGACCCUGCCAACAGCAGCAUUAAGAUGUGGACAGAGGCUGACACUCUGAAGAACUACCCUGCCUUCCAGAGCACCAAGGACAUCCAGGACCCGACGCCGGUGCAUCUGUCCUGGUUCAGCCUGCUGGAGGUGCCUGAGGGGAGGCCGGAGAAAGGCGACAGUCAGACCGGGGACGAGCGCUGGCUGCAGGGCGGGGACACCAGCGGCCCGGGCGAGUCUCUCAGCGGCUCCUCCCUCCCUCCCAGCGAGUGCAACAGCAUGGGGCACAGGGACUCGGUCCCCUACGCCACCGUGGUGUUCGCCUGUCCCUACCGGACCCACGCCCGCGCCCCCUCCCCCAUCUACCUGCGGUCCGACUCCACCCAGCCCCUCCUGGAGGAGGAGCCCCCGAGCCCCGGGCAGUACCAGAACUUGCACUUCCAGGAGGGUGCAGAGGACGGGGGGUGUGUCCAGGCCCAGGAAGAGAGCAGUGCGUUCUGGGAAGACUUCCCUCUACUCAGUGCCUUGAAGAUUAAUGAUGUUUAA